AUGAUUGAUGAUCAGAUUCUGUUGAAGGUUUCACCCAUGAAGGUUGUGAUAAGAUUUGGGAAGACGGGCAAGAUAACCCUGAGGUUUAUUGGUCCUCUUGAGAUUCUUCGACGUAUUGGUGAGGUAGCCUAUAAGUUGCCAUUGCCACCAGGUUUGGCGGGUGUUCACACUGUAAUUCGUGUUUCCAUGUUGAAGAAGCACCAUUCAUACAGGUCGUGUAUAAUCCAAUGGGCCUUGGUGCUUUUUUAUCAGAAUCUGUCUUUUGGGAAAGAGUCGGUGGCAAUCUUAGAUAGGCAAGUUAGGAAGUUUAGAUCCAAGGAGAUAGCUUCAGUGAAGGUGCAAUGGAAGCACCAUCCAGUUGAGGAAGCUAGACGGGAGACCGAGGUGGAUAUGCGGAGAAAAAACCACAGUUGUUCAUCAAUACAAGUACCUUCCCCCUGUUUUCUUUUCCAUUCGAGGAUGAACGUUUGUUUAUUUGGUAUCUGA